GUCCCUUGCUUCUCACGCACCGACAGCAUCAGUGAAGACAGGUUGAGGUGCUUGCAUUGUUGUGCUUGUCAAGCUACUUGCGCGAGGGCUGAGCAUUGGGGAGAUCAAAGAGAUAAAGCUCGAUAUAUUGAAUUUGUCGAUAGACCUGCUCAGCAUCUGACAGCUGAGGAGGACAGGCCUUGUGCUGGAGCUACAUAGAGCAGUGGAGCCAGGAGAGGAGGGCUUGUCCUGAGUAUCAACACAGCGGGGAACAUGGCCGCUGUGGGUGUUCCUAUCAAGCUCCUCCACGAGGGCGAGGGGCAUGGGGUGACGGUUGAGAUGAAGAACGGAGAGAUCUACCGGGGGCACUUGAAUGAGGCAGAGGACACCAUGAACUGCUUCAUGACAGGAGUGACGAUGACGGGGAGGGACGGGCGUGUGAGCAAGCUGGAACAGGUCUACCUUCGUGGCAGCCACAUCAAGCUCGUUGUAUUGCCGGACGUGCUCAAGAACGCGCCGGUGUUCAAGCCUGUACAAAAAAUGAAGAAGAAGGACGAGGAGGCGGGAGGAGGCAGAGGAGGGGGCUUCAAAAAGUCGAAAAAGCCUAAGGCAUAGAGGUUGCCAGGGAGGAAUGGAAUGGUGUGGUGGGUGUAUUUGUCCCGGGCGUAGGACCCAGUAGCCAGUAUUAUUAAGAUUUUGUGGAGGUUAGCGUGGAGGCACUUCUGCUAGAUACUAGUGAGUUUUGAUUCGAUACAACUCGGCGGCGAUGGCAGCAAGUAGGCGCGGCAUAUAUGAGAAUGAAGCGUCCGUGAUUUGUUGGCAAUUGGUGGGGGGGAGGAAU